AUCGGCGGCACCAACGUGGGGGAGGACAUCAGGAAGCUGGACUCCGGGCAGCACGUGGUGGCCGGCACCCCCGGGCGCGUCUUGGACAUGAUUCGGCGCAGAAGCUUGCGGACGCACGCCAUCAAGGUGCUGGUUCUGGACGAGGCCGACGAGAUGUUGGAGAAAGGGUUCAAAGGGCAGAUCUACGACGUGUACCGUUACCUGCCCCCGGCCACACAGGUGGUGCUCCUCAGCGCCACGCUGCCGCACGACAUCCUGGAGAUGACCAACAAGUUCAUGACCGACCCCGUCCGCAUCCUGGUGAAGCGUGAUGAACUGACCCUCGAAGGCAUCAAGCAGUUUUUUGUGGCGGUGGAGAGGGAAGACUGGAAAUGGGACACCUUGUGUGACCUCUACGACACGCUCACCAUCACUCAGGCUGUCGUCUUCUGUGACACUAAACGGAAGGUUGUCUGGCUGAUGGAGAAGAUGGUAGGCCAACUUCACGGUCUCGUGUCCCUCAUCAUCAUCUACAACCUGCCCAACAACAGAGAGCUGUACAUACACAGAAUCGGGCGCUCGGGCCGCUAUGACCGGAAGGGGGUGGCCAUCAACUUCGUGAAGAAUGACGACAUCCGCAUCCUGAGGGACAUCGAGCAGUGCUACUCCACGCAGAUCGACGAGAUGCCCAUGAACGUGGCCGACCUGAUCUGAGGAACCCGCCGCGCCCAUAAGCUGGUGACCGUCCGCCCUGUGCUCCUGCUGGA